AUGACAGAUAGAGCCAAACAACCUCACCCUCAUUGCCUUGCUCAAACUGUCGCUCACUGCCUCACCAACCACCGUUCCUCACCAACUUGUUGCUCACGCCACGGCUACACGGCUACGCCUUACGCUCUUGCUCAUGCUGCCACACCACGGUCACAGCAAACUCGCAAUAGUAGUAGUAGUAGUAGUCGUGGUGGUAGUAGUCGUGGUGGUAGUCGUAGUCGUGGUCGUAGUAGUCGUAGUAGUGGUGGUAGUAGUGGUAGUAGUGGUGGUAGUAGUGGUAAUAGUGGUAGUAGUGGUGGUCGUAGUAGUAGUAGUCGUAGUAGUGGUGGUCAUAGUAGUAGUAGUGGUAGUCGUUGUGGUGGUGGUAGUAGUAGUGGUAGUCGUAGUAGUGGUGGUAGUAGUAGUAGUAGUCGUAGUAGUGGUGGUAAUGGUAGUAGUAGUCGUAGUGGUAGUAGUAGUCGUAGUCGUAGUGGUAGUCAUGGUAGUAGUCGUAGUCGUGGUAGUAGUGGUAGUAGUAGUAGUGGUAGUAGUAGUGGUAGUAGUAGUAGUAGUAGUAGUAGUCAUAGUAGUAGUAGUAGUAAAUUUUUGGCCAAAGGUUAUAAGAGAUUAAGCCUUGAAGCCAAUAGUGGCCAAGUGAAGAAAAGCCAUGCACUGGACAAGGCAUGUGACAAUCAAGUUUUGGAGAUGUGUAUAAGAGACAGGACCGGGAUAGUUAGGGGGUCAAUAGACCUAGUUCCUGAGCCCGGAGCAGAAUCUCACGGGAUGGUUAAGGGACCGAGAGAUCUAGUUCCUGAGCCAAUGAGAGGAACCUUAUAUGGGAUGGUCAGAAGGCCAACAAGCCUAGCUUUUGAGCCGAUAAGCAGGGAUCUAUGUGCACAUAGGGAAUGCAAGAGAAUGGGUAAUAGGUAUCAUAAAAGGGUGGUAUCUGCGGUCUGUCAGGCCUCCCCUCGAGCUCAGGAGGUGGGCUCAGGGCGGGGUGUGACAGAGAAGAAGCCAAUGAUAAAAGGAGGAGAUAAGCCAAAGGGAAAGAGUGAAAGUGAACAAAUUAAAGAUAUGCUUAAAUUGUACAAAAACUAUGGUUAUACCUCUUAUGGAGGUCCUAAUUAUCGUGUGUAUAGUGUUGAGAAGGAUCCUAAAUUUUGUGUCAUAUCUUGA